AUCACUCAAUCACACAAACUGAUGGCUGAUUCCAAGAUUGAUUUACAAUCGUUCACGCCAGAUACAUCACUUACAAUGCAAAUGCAGAUGGACAAUGAGGUCAACAAUCUGGCAAACUCUGCCAUGGGUAUAUUGAGUGCCCAACAACAACAGACUGGUAGUGACAGCCACCGCUACCGCCAGUACAUCGAGAGCAAGAUGGACUCGGCUACAGUAAAGGAUGACCCGCUACUAAAGGAGAUGAUCUCCUAUCCAGAGGACGACGUGCAAUCGCUUGUCGUGCCCCAGCAGCACAGGACGCGUGAGGCCACGCUCCACUAUGGCGCCGAGGGAGACACACUGCGGGAGACCGACCUGAGGGUGCCGCCCUACAUCCAGCAGGCAAUCAAGACAUACAGGGACCCACGUCGCACCAUCCAGCGUCGUUACCAGCGUUUCAAGAAGGAUCCCGAGCGUCUGGUUCAGUUUGAGAACGACAAGUACGACUGCGACAUUGAUGUGGAUCGUCGCCGUUCAAUAAUGAGCGCUGCCACUACAUCAACAUCCGACCGCGACGAGUCUGUUGACACGGAGAAUGAGCUUCUCCGCUGUCCCGAUGACGAAGCCGCCACAGACGCACACAACAAAGAGAACCGCAGCAAAGGCAGACUUGGCUUCCUCCGCUAUUUCCGUCCAGACUACAACUGGGGAUCAGGCAUGGAGUUGUCCAUAUGCAAUCGUGGAUCACAAGACAUGUGGACUAAACCAAGAGUACUUAAUGUUCUGAUUGAGUUGCAAUCAUUGGCAUUCGUUGUUGGAGAGUUGGAGCCAUUCUUUUGCUCACUGCACUUGUAUGAUGCGGCCACAAAGUGCCGCCUCACAGAAAACUUCUACUUUGACUUUAAUAAUGACAAGCACAGACAACUGCUGUCCAAAUACACCGAUAUCAACGACCCUGCAACGGGACUGGGCGCCAAGCACGUGGUUGUCUCACUGCCAGCACGCCAGCAGAAUGAUAUUUGGAUUGUGGUGCGUGUCGACAAGGUACUGCAGGGUGACCCAGAUGAAGCUCGUCAGCCCUACCUGCGACUGGAGGAGAACCUCAAGGAGGUCAAGAAGAGCAAACUCAAGCAGACAGAUGAUGUGGUCAAGAAGUUCUGCGAACGCCUUGGCGCACACCGCCAGAUGUUCAGUGCUGCCGCCAUCCCCCUGACUGGCGAGGCUGGCGACGUCAAGCAUGGCGUGUUUGAGUGCGACUAUCUGCUCAAGCAGGUGCCCAAGACAAACUCAGACCUGGACGACCUGAUCUCUGAGCUCAAGGACCCGUCAAAGCGCAAGAAGCUGCGAACUCUCCAAGGCACACUCACAAUCAAGAUUCACAAGCCCGCAGACGAGCUGCCCAGACACACCCUGCUGCUGGACCCAUCGCUCAACGAGGUCAUCAGCAAGGACCCUCUGAACGCACACCUCGCACCCAGCCAGCCACUCAUCACCACAUCGCUCACAGCCUCCUCCUCCUCCAAUCAGAUCUCGUCGUCCACAUCGUCUGGCGACAUCUCUCGUCUCGCGGCAUCGGGCGAGGCCGCCGUGAUCCCCGUGAUCCGCGAGCUCCACACAUUCGCCGCCAAGAAAGACCAGUUGCCAUACAGCAGCUACGUCAACAAUCUGUACAUAUACCCCGAUAUAAUCAAUCUUACCAAGGCACAUGGACGCAACGUGUUUGUCAAGGUGGAGCUGCGCGAGUCUGACAUGCUGACGUCACGCUCCCUCGCCGUAUUUUACGGAAAGACUGGCGGCAGUCUCAACCUCACCAACCGCUUCCUCACCCAGACGCACUACCACGACAAGACACCGACCUACGUCGACGAGAUCAAGGUGCGCCUGCCAUUCGCUCUGUCUACCAAGCACCACCUGCUGUUCAAGCUGUACCACGUCGUGUGCAACAAGAAGAAGGACGAGGAUACAGAGAACUUGAUCGGUUUCUCCGUGUUGCCCAUCUACAAGGACCGCCGCAUCAUCCAGGACGGCCUGCAAAACCUGCCGCUGGCGCUGAGCGAGCCCACCGAUCGCUACCUGCGCGACUUUGACGACCACCCCACGAUGCUCGAGAGCGGCCGCCCGCUGUUCAAGCUCAACAUGGUGCUCAACAGCAGCGUGUUCCCACAGAACACUCACCUUAACAAGUUCUUGCUGCUGUCUGGCGAUCAGAGCGUGACAGACAACGAGAUCAAUCAGAUGCUGAACGACUUCUCAGAUGUGGACGCGGCCGAGGCCAUCCGCUUCCUGCCAGUCAUCUUCCAGCAGAUGAUCCUUGUGAUAUGCAACCGCGACACGACCGUCGGUAUCAACGGCAUCAAGGCCAUCUUCAUGUUAUUGGCCAAGGUUCAGGCACACCUCGGCGAGUCCAACUGCCGUGUGCCCCUGCUCGUCUCGUACGUGAGCCACGUCUAUGUCAACCCCAAGGGCACCAAGGUGCCCGUGUACAGCGCACUAUGCUCGCGUCUGCUGUUCUACCUAAUGUUCCGCAAGAACGGCAAGCAGGUCGACAAGGUCAGCAAUGGCAUGCUCUUCUCAUUCUCGUGGUUCAUCUACGACCUCAUCAUCAAAUCGCUGGCGCUCUCACUCUUGGACGACACGCCCGACGUGCUUCCAGGCAAUCGCGAGGGCAAGUACGACGCCGACUUUAACAAGUACCUGCCCAAGCUGGUCACAUUCGUCCUGCACAACAUCAACGCAUCGAUGCACUCUGAUGCCCCACCAUCGCGUCUCGAGUCCGAGGCCAACAACAGUCUGAGCCUGUUCGUGCGCGACUUGUUCACAGUGUAUGACCGUGGCACCACCGUCGACAUGGCCUUCAUGUACAUCAAUGAGAUCAACGCCCACACGGCACAGGCCAAAGACGGCCGCCGCACCACGCUCCUGUUCUACAAGUUUGACUUCCUCAAGGUGCUCACGGACUAUGAGCACUACGUCAACGUCAACCUGCCCAUCCCGCACUCAAUAUCCAACAUCCAGAACAUUACAAACAAGUUCAGCUCGCUGCAUCCGCUGUCUGGCCUGCUGAUUGGAGAGGUGAUGGACGCGCUCUACAGCAACACGACCGAGGUGCGCAUGGUCGCGCUCACCACACUCGGCACCAUCCUCAUCAAGCACGAGUAUGAUGUGCGCUACCUCAACCAGAAGAAGCGUGAGCGUCUGGCCUCGACAUAUCUGCUGCUGAUCAUGCGACUGAUCGACGAGUACGAGCGCUUCAAGGUCUGGUACAACGUGGCCGGGCACGAUGAGCGACGCAUGCUCAUUGCCAGCGUGUUGUUCAUCAUCAAGAACUUGUCACGCGUCCAGUUGAAGCAGUGGAUCUCCAAGGAGAUGCCCCAGCGCAUCAACAUCCUGUUCGAGUUGCUCAAGUAUUGUGCACGCGCCUUUGAGUACUCGGCCGCCACACAAAAGGCCACAGUGAUCAUACAACAACAGAUGGCGAUGCAGCAUCAGGGCUCAGCGAACACGACACCAAUCAACUCGCCCAGCAUCCAGGCACAGCAAGAACAAUCGUCCUCUUCGUCAUCCUCAAGCGAACGCAGCAGUGGUGGUUUGCCACUAAGCUCCAUCACCAAGUUGCUCAAGAAGGGCAGCUCAUCGUCGUCAAAGGACAAGGGAGGCUCACUGGCGGCCAGCACAAUGAACUUGGGCACAAGUGGCGGCAUGACCCCGCACUCCAACGACCCCAUGUCACAGUCCUUGCCACUGGGUACAAGCGCAACCUCAUUGAACCAGAGCGCUCUGCAGGCCUUGUUGGUGGCGGCUAGCAAUCAACAACGUGAACAGCGUGAUCGCGAGUCGACAUCCGGCUCAUCGACCCCGCUCAACACGAGUGGCGGUGUGCCCCCUCCAAUGCAGCAGCUGCCCAGCAGCAACACUAGCCCCAACGUCAGCGGAUACUUCCAGUCGCUCGGUGACCUGUCUCGUCAGGUGAGCCGAUCGCCAAGUGUUAGUCGCACACGCUCAAGCUCGCCAAACGACCACACACUGUGCGCCGAGGCCAACCUGGUGAUCUUGGACUUUGUCGAGGACUACAUUGUCUUGUUCCGCGCCAGUCUCGCCGACUCGACCAGCUCGACGAUGCCCGCCGUCUACAGUCUGAUCCUCACGUUGCUCAAACUCAAACAAUCGCACCGUGUUAUCUCUGCGCUUUUGGCCACGCUACAUUCAUUCGUGUUCAAGUUCCGCGGUCAUCUGUUCAAUGGCAACAACCAAUUCGCCGGUCAUCUCUGCAAGUACAUUCUGUUGUACUGCAGCUCGGUGACACGCUCAGUCAUGACCGACGCCACAGCCUUCUUCUACUCGCUGUUCCGUCUCAACAACCAAGAGGUUGGCAACAUUGGUCGCAUCAAGAUCCAGGCCACGAUCGCCCUCUCUAACCAGGUCACGGACGGCCGAUUCGUCACUGAGGAGAGCUUGCUGGAGCAGUCACUGUCCAACCUGGCGUGCUACGCCAGUCACGAGGUGGGCCUGCCCAACCACGCGCCACUCAUCUCAACUGCACGACUGGCCACCAUGAGCAGCGCCGAGAUCAAACAGGCCAAGGAACGCUUCCACCAACAGAUCACGUCCAUGAGCACCAAGCUCAUCAAGAUCCUUCGCGACACUGCCAAGAUCAACAAGACCAAGAAGCGUGCUGAUCCCGAGACCGUGCACGAGCUGUACUCCAAGAUCGCUUCGGGCUACUCUGACACGCCAAUCAUCCGUGUCGACUGGCUGGAGGAGCUGGCCGAUAUCCACAUCUCGCAAGAGAACUACUUUGAGGCGGGAGUCUGUCGCAUCCGUAUCGCCCUCCUGAUAAACGCCUAUCUCCAUCAGAACAACCUGCUUCCAUGCAAGUUGGACCUCUCACUCAUCCUCCAGAUCAAUCCAGACCUCAACGAAAUUGUCGUCGAGGAAGAUGAAGGUGUGUGCACCUCGACCAAGUUCUCGAUCAAGGGUCUCCAGAGUGCCAUCUACUCAGCCAUGAAUGACUUUAGGAAUGCUGAAUGCUUUGAGUUCUCAAUCUUGUUGUACAAGUUGAUGGUACCUUUGUGCGAGGCAACAAGGGACUACAAGGAGCUUGCGUCAAUAUACAAGGAGAUGCAUGAGCUGUACAAUCAGAUUGUAAAGGCUGAGGAGAACAAGUCAAGACUACUCGGUCGAUACUAUCGCGUUGGAUUCUACGGCAAGAAGUUUGAAGAGCUCGAUGGCGUCGAGUUUGUCUACAAGGAGCCCAAGCUAACUCAUCUAUUCGCAUUGGCCGAUCGACUAAAGACAUUCUACAAGGAGCGACUUGGAGAGAUGGUGACUGUGUUCCCUGACAGCAAUAGAGUGAAUAGGAGCACUUUGGAGCCAGACAAGUUGUACCUCCAGAUCACAUCAGUCAAGCCAUACUUUGAGCGUGAACAAGCUCGUCCAACAUACUUUGAUCGACACACUAACCUAAACAAGUUUGUAUUUAUAACACCAUUCACAUUGAGUGGCAAGACUCAGGGAUCCAUCACCGAACAGUUCCAUAGGAAGUCGAUCAUCACGAUCGAAGGAACAGCACCAUCAAUGCUCAAAAGAUAUCCAAUCAUUGGCUACAAGGAGAUUGAGAUCAGUCCAAUUGAGAACAGUAUCGAGACUAUACAGGAGAGGAGUAGAUUGCUGGCCAUGGAGAAUAAUAAGCAGCCACCAAACAUUAAGACACUGCAGGGUGUGCUGCAGGGAUCUGUACUGCUACAGGUCAAUGCCGGUGCGUUGGAGGUGUGCAGAGGAUUCUUGGCCAGAUCAAACAGGGCCAACUGGCCAGAGCAAUCGAUACGUGAGCUCGAGAGCAGAUGCACAGAGUUCCUGAAGCAAUGCAAGCGUGCACUUCAGCUCAACAAGACUCUUAUCAAGAUGGACCAGAUCGCCUUCCAGAACGAGUUGGAGAAUGGCUACAAGCGACUGAGCUUCAAGAUGGAGAAGUACAUUAGGGGCGAGAUCAACGAGUCGGAGGAGGCCGAGUUGCCCGAUGUCUCUGUCAUCGAGGAGGAGGACGACGAGUCGCUGUUGACAGAGGAGUCAUACGACGAACUCUCUAUCAAAGAGUCAUCAUCUUCAAUCUCCUCAUCAUCAUCUAUACUGCCCAAUUUCCUCAAGCGUAAUUCCAACCAACUGACUGUUAGAGAGGAGCGUACAGGCAGAUCAAGGCGAGGCAGUCGUGAGUUUGACGUCCCACCU